AUGCAGAAGGGGCCCAAAGUGGAGGCGCUGAGCCCCGAGAAAGUCGACCGCUUACUACAGGAUGAUGAUGCUGAUGCUGGUGAACUGAGAAAGGACAUCCCUGAAAUAAAUUCAGCUGCUGGACUCACCCUCUUCCAGGGGGAUAUUGUACUGCCUAGAAGCCGUACUGCGCUCAAAGAUGCCGCUUACCGAUGGCAGUUCCCUAUUCCAUUCAUUCUGGCUGACAGCCUUGAUCUGAAUGCCAAAGGGGUAAUUCUUAAAACGCUUGAAGGAUUCCAGUUAAAAUCCUGUGUGGAUUUCAAACCAUAUAAUGGGGAGCAGUCGUAUAUAAUAUUUCAGAAGUUAGAAGGAUGUUGGUCUAAAAUUGGAGAUGUAAAGGGAGGCCAAAACGUUUCUGUUGGUGCAGGAUGUGACACCAAAGGCAUCAUAGCUCAUGAGAUCUCACAUGCUUUGGGACGUAUCCAUGAGCAGACACGGGCAGACCGAGAUGAUUAUGUCGAGAUAUGGUGGGAUCAUGUGCGUCCAGGUUGGUAGUACAACUUCAAGAAAAGGGAUGAUGACGAUAUCACAGACUUGAAUACUCCUUAUGAUUACGAGUCCAUCAUGCACUAUGGCCCAUCUUCAUUUAGUAAAAAUGAAAGCUUAAAAACAAUUACUACGAAAAUACCAGAAUUUAAUAACAUUAUUGGCCAACGCGUGGAUUUCAGCGCUUCUGACCUGGAAAGACUCAAUCAAAUGUACAACUGCACGAGAACUGUCACCCUUUUGGACCAAUGUGAUUUUCAGUCAGCUGAUAUAUGUGGCCUGGUUGGGAAAUCCAGUGGAGAUACCAACUGGAUUCAUAAGAAGAGCAGCCACCAAGAGCAAGACCAUACCCUCUCUGGACCGUGCAAAGAUGCCGGCUAUUUCAUGUACUUUAACACCAGUUUUGGGAAGAGAGGCGAAACAGCGAUCUUACAGUCCCGCAUUCUGUACCCAAGGAGGGGGAACCAGUGUCUCCAGUUCUUCUUCAAAAUGACAGGAAGCCUCUGGGACAGGCUUUUCAUCCAGGUGGUCAAGGAUGAUGGCACCGGAAAAGUCCGCAGGCUGGUUAAAGUCAAAACAUUUCAAGGAGACAGUGACCAUAACUGGAAAAUUGCCCAUGUGUCUCUGAAAAAUAAAAAAAAGUUCAGGUAUCUCUUCCAUGGCCUAAAAGGCAAUCCCGAUGACUCAUCUGGAGGAAUUUUCAUUGAUGAUGUCACCCUGAGUGAAGCGCAGUGCCCCAGUGCUGUCUGGCUUAUUCGCAACUUCUCUCAGCUUCUUAGAACUGCCCCCGAAGGCUAUUCCAUGGUCAGUCCACGGUUUUAUAGCUCUGAAGGCUAUGGUUAUGGCAUAACGUUGUAUCCCAGAGGCCAGAGUGAUUCUGCUUCGGCAAACUACACACGGAUUUCUUUUCACCUGGCCAGUGGAGAAAACGAUGGUGUCCUCGAGUGGCCAGCUCUGAACAGGCAGGUGACCAUCAAGGUGCUAGACCAGCAUACCAAUAUCAAGGAAAGGAGGUCCAUCGAAAGGAGUUUCACAACAGAUGAAUCACAGGUUCUGCCAGAAAAAAAUGAUUCUUCCCGAUGGGGAAAGCCUUCUCUUCUGGGAAAAUUUGAUACUUCAUGCAAAUGCAGCCGGAGCAGAGAUCGAGGAUGGAGCAAAUUUGUGUCCCAUGCACAGCUAAGAAGAAGGAAUUAUCUGAAAAAUGAUGAUCUUAUUAUCUUUGCAGAGUUUGAAGAUUUAACACAUCUCAAGAAGACGGAAGACAUUUUCCCAGAAAUAUCACCUGUGGAUCAGAAUGACUCCCUGGAACGGAAAAAAAAGAUCAGCUCUCUGGAAGACUGGCAGUCCUACCUGAGAGAACGGUGUGACCCAAAUCCAUGCCAAAAUGAUGGCAUUUGUGUAAAACGAAAAGGAAAAACAAGCUGCAGGUGUGCUACAAGCUACCUCUUCUUCUACACAGGAGUGAGAUGCCAGGUGACACAUGUCCACUGGAACACCCUCGGUCUGUUAGCUGCUGGAGCUAUAGCACUUACCAUAGUUAUGGUUUCCUUAUUAGUUAGGCAAUAGUCUUCCUUUUCUCCAGAGUGUGGUUUUACAGUGAUUUCAUACUUUCUGUGAAUUUUGUUGUAAUUCCAAUUCACCUGGACUCAGUCAUCUGAAUU